AUGUACCACCUCGCGCGCUCUCUAUACCUAUGGGCAACAUCUAAAGAAGAAUACUCUAUCCUUCUCCUCGGGCUCGACAACGCCGGCAAAACUACACUCCUUACUACAAUAAAAACGCUCUAUACCUCUGCCCCUCCACCUACCAAGCCCACUGUCCCUACCGUCGGCCAAAAUGUCAGCACUAUUGACUUGCCUGACAUGUACCUCAAGAUCUGGGAUGUUGGAGGCCAGCAAGCGCUUCGUUCCAUGUGGACAAGCUACUACGCCGUCUGCCACGCCAUUGUCUUUGUGGUGGAUGGAUGCGACAUAGGAGACGGCGAUUAUACUGCUGGUGCCAAUGAUAUGAACGGAUCAAGGGAGGUGGGAAGAUUAGAGGAGUGUAGGAAGACAUUGGAAUUGGUGCUGAGCAAUCCGGCGACGGAGAGGGUACCGUUACUGGUGCUGGCGAACAAGCAGGAUAGAGAAGAUUGUGUGGAGACGGUGAGAAUCAAGGAAGGCCUAGUGCGGAAAGUGUUCGAAGGGGAAAAAGGAGGUGGAGUCAGAGACAGUAGGGUCCUGCCUAUCAGCGCUUUGAAGGGAGACGGGGUCCGGGAAGCGGUGGAGUGGGUGAGAACGAGGGUGAAGUGGAACCGAGAGGGCAGAGAACCGAUCAUGCGGUAG